UAAACGUUGGAAAUGUACCCAUCUCUUCAACUUACCCAAAGCUUUAACACCAUUCAUCCAUCAAUCCCUCAGGCAUAGAUGUACGACAAAGCAAGAAAAAGUUUAACUCCGAAUUGGUUGAAGUGCUUUGCAGGAUUCCCAUCAUUCUGGAUGCCAAGUUCCUCCACUUUCAGGCAAACUAGUUUCUCAUAAAUCUGAUGUGAUUCCGAAUGUGGCCGUGUCCUUCCUUCCUUCCUUCUUGCUAAUUCACUCCAAUUUAUAGCAACCCAAGGGAAGCUAGAUCGCUGCGCUGCAACCUCCUGGCCUGGCCUCCCGUCAAAACGAAGUUUCCAGAUAACCCCCAGAACGCAGGUAUAUUCCACAAAAAGUGGACGGAAGAAUAGUGUUGAAAGCGGAAUUCUAUCGAUAGAGACGCAGAGACCCUUGUUACUCUUUACUGUUACUGUGUUGUACUGUUCACAAUGAAGGAAAGAAUUUGCAGUUCUUCCUACAAUUUCAGUGCGUUUCCAAGUCCUGGUGUUCCAAAUUACUGGGAAAUCAAUGUAAUGAACCAAAGGGGUUGUAGCUCCGAGCGAAUACCUCAUCCUAAUAGCAACACCCGGCGGAGGAAUGCCUCUGUCGCUGCCUUCUCACCCUUUUACGGUAGGACGCCGCCCUCCAAAUGGGAGGAUGCUGAGCGAUGGAUUAGUAGCCCGGGAAGCGGCUUCGGCAGGGGUUUGCAGUCUCACCUACAGAGAAGACCAAAGGGAUCGUCAGAAGUUUGUAUUACGACACCCCCCGAGAACAGGGGUUUUGCCACCUCCAAACUGGGCUCUGCUCUUUCCACUGGCGUGUUGGUGGCUGAUGGGAUUUCUAUCUGCUAUGGCGGUAGCAUUGAAAGGGGACAAUCUUAUCCAGAGUGUACCAUCCAACCAUUAAUUUCCGCACCCAGAUGGUCAAAUAUACUGAACAACUCGCCACUGCCAAGCUUUCAAGAUGAAAAACAUGAUGGUUCCGAGGAGACAAUGGAUUCGGGCGUCGUUUCACAACGGAAUGUGGCAACCCAAAUGAGCGGUGGUGAAGAUUCCACACCUUCAUCUCCUCGGGGGAAUGCCUCACUUCCCUCUUCAUCUCCUUCAAUACACCAAUGUAUGGUUGGAAAAGAGAGCGAGCAUUGUUGUAAACAAGAAGUGAGAGAUGUUGAGGUAGACAGGGGAGCCACGGAGAUGCAGAGAUCCAAAGGGGAGGACUUCCCACACCUUGGAAACAGGAAUGAAAAUGCUACGGGAGCUAUUCAGGUUUCCAAGUUGCAGAGAGAAGAAAGCAAGAUAAGAGCAUGGGAGAAUUUGCAGAAGGCCAAAGCUGAGGCUGCAAUACGCAAACUGGAGAUGAAACUUGAAAGGGCGAGAUCAUCAUCAAUGGAUAAGAUACUGAAGAAGCUGGGGAAGGCACAGAUGAAAGCACACAGAAUGAGGAACUCAUCAGCAUGCGAUGGAAACCAGAGAGCUCACGACACGAACACAAACACAAACAACUUUCUCCCCUUCCACAAGCACGUGUGGAUUGGUUCCCUCAAGCGUUGGUUCAUCUGCCAUGCUUCCUGAUUUCUCCAGGUAGCGCAUCUGAAGCUUUUGUGGUCUGUCUUACAAAUUUACAUUACUAGCUUAGCUUCGUAACUUGGUUGGUUCUUCAUCAUUACUUGUUUUAGAACAAUAAAUUAGAGCUGGCUUCUGGCAUCUACUUUUGAAUAUGAUCAACAAAGGACAAAAUUUGACUUGGUUCAUAACCAA